AUGCCUCGCCGAUGGAAGAAGCCUUUCUUCUCCUCUGCCCCCUUCCGCUUCCCAGAGACCGAAUCUGUGGUCCUUCCGGACCCGUCCGCCUUCUUCUCCAAACGCUUGCUCUCCUCCCCUCUCCCAACAAAUUCUUUCUUCCAGAACUUCGUCCUCAAUGACGGCGACCAGCCGGAGUACAUCCACCCCUACCUCGUCAAGUCCUCCGGCGCCGCCGUGGGCCUAUCGUUCCCUUCCCGCGUCGCUGAGCCCCGCUGGAUAUACCAGUCCUUCGUCCCCGAUAUAUCCAUCUCCAGCUUCUCCGCACCUCCUCCCACCGUCUCCGACGGCGGUGACAAGAACCAUGACGACCACAGGAGGCGGCGCCGCCAUCUGAUCACCUCCUUCGACGACCUCAGCGUGACCAUGGACCUCCCGGGGGGGCUUCGGUGCUUCCUCGUCCGCGGCAGCCCGUACGUUACCAUGGCUACCGUCGGCUGCCAUAAGAUCGCCACCGGCAUCUCCAUCGCCACCUCCCAGGACGUCCUCUACUUCACCUCAGAUUCCCAGCACACCAAGCACACACUCCAGCUCACCAACGGCCGCACCUAUCUCUGCUACUCCUCGAGCCCGCUUCACGUUGCCCACACCUCCCUCUCCACGCUGGUCACCACCGCCGACUACGCCGGCGUCCUCCGCUUCGCCUACCUCCCCGACCCGAAAUACGAGAGCAUCCUCGACCGCUAUUGCGGCUGCUACCCCAUCUCCGGCGAGGCCGACCUGACCAGGCCCUUCUCCGUCAAGUACAAGUGGAAGACGAGGGGAACCGGGGAGCUCCUCCUCCUCGGGCACCCCCUUCACCUUCGCCUCCUCGUCGAGGAAGACGGCAACGCCUCCGCCUCCGCCGUUCUGCGCAACUUCAAGUACGAGAGCAUCGACGGGGACCUUGUCGGCGUGGUGGGCCGUUCGUGGGUUCUCAAGGCUGACCCCAUCCCCAUCACCUGGUACUCCAUCCUGGGACUCACCGAAGAGAGCUACGGCGAGGUCAUCUCCGCGCUGUACAGGGACGUCGACGCCCUCAAGCCCAUCGCCACAACCUCCACUUACGGCUUCGGAAAGGAGGCCGCGCGGGCCGCCCGGCUGGCGCUCAUCGCCGAGGAGGUGCGCUUCCCCAACUUGGUGCCGGCGGUGCAGCUCUUCCUGGAGAACUCCAUCACUCCGUGGCUCGAGGGUACCUUCUUCGGCAACGCCUUCCUCCACGACGCCUCCUGGGGCGGCUUGAUCACCAAGCAGGGUGCGAUCGACGGCGCCGUCGACUCCGGCUUCAGCAUCUACAACGCCCACCAUUACCACCUAGGCUACUUCCUCUACGCCAUCGCCGUCCUCUCCAAGAUCGACUCCGUGUGGGGGAAGGCCUACAAAGGCCAGGCCUACGCCCUCGCCAAGGACAUCGUCAACCUGGAUCGGGGCCCACGGGCGCACUACGCACGGCUUCGGUGCUUCGACCUGUGGAAGCUCCAUUCGUGGGAAGGGGGCCUAGCGGAGUUCGUGGACGGGCGGAACCAGCAGGGUACUAGCGAGGCGGUCAACGCGUACUACGCAGCGGCGCUGCUGGGGAUGGCGCACGGGGACUCCCAGCUGAUAGCGACGGCGUCGACGCUCGCGGCGCUGGAGAUCCAGGCUGCGCAGACGUGGUGGCACGUCCGAGAGGGCCAGCGCAUGUACGAGGAGAACUUCACCAAGGAGAACCGACUUGUGGGGGUUCUGUGGGCCAACAAGAGGGACAGCGCCCUCUGGUUCGCCCCUCCCGAGUCAAAGGACAUCAGGCUGGGUAUCCACGUCCUGCCUCUGCUGCCCAUCACGGAGGUGCUGUUCAGGGACCUGGGCUUCGUCCGGGAAAUGGUAGAUUGGGCCGCGCCGGCGAUGGAGAGGGAUGACGCAGAGGAGAGCUGGAAGGGCUUCGUCCACGCCAUGGAGGCCGUCUACGACAACCAGGCGGCGGCGCGAAAGAUCAGAACACUGUCGGAUUUUGACGCCGGAAAUUCCCUCUCUAACUUGCUCUGGUGGCUCCACAGUCGUGCCGGCAGCGGCGGAGAAAAGGUGAUGCCGCCGCCACCGCAAGGGGAGCUGGCAUUAGGCUGCUGCAGGAGGCGCUUGACCUGCUGCACUCGAAGGAAGGAGGAGGCACCGCCGCAUUCGGGGGGAGCCCUUGCGUGCUGCAGGAAGAUGUGGGCCUGCUGCUCUCGUAAGCUUCUCCACGACUGA